ACUAGUCAGAUUAUUGCAGUAAAAGGGGUGAGGCAUCAUGCAAUAAACAGAGGGAGCAAGUGAGAGAAAGAGAAGUAACCUGGCUAGGGUACUAAACAGACGCCUGGCUGCUCUCUGUAGGGGCUGCUGACAUGUAGGAUUAUUUGCUGGAGUGAGGCAGGAUUUGAAGAGAGACAGUCUAAGCUUUGAGAAGUAUGAAGUUGUGUGAAGCAGCUAUGGAGCUGGGAAUGUCAGACUACUCUUUGGCCAUCAGUCCCUCCUACAACAUGUUGGAGUUUGAAGCCCUGCGUGGGAUGCCUGCUGGAGAAGAAGUCCUUGUGUCUGACUCUGUGACGCUGCCUCCUGCUGGAAAUGGCAUCCACUUACUGUGCUCAAUAUGUGGGGACCGAGCCACUGGAAAACACUAUGGAGCCUCAAGCUGUGAUGGCUGCAAAGGGUUCUUUAGAAGGAGUGUCCGCAAAAAUCAUGUCUACACGUGCAGGUUCAGUCGGCAGUGUGUAGUGGACAAGGACAAGAGGAAUCAGUGUCGCUACUGCCGUCUCCGUAAAUGUUUCAGAGCUGGAAUGAAGAAGGAAGCAGUUCAGAAUGAGCGUGACCGGAUCAGUUGUCGUAAGCCUAACUAUGAAGAUGCAGGCUUAUUGUCCGUUAGCAUUUUAAUGCAGGCUGAAAUAAAGACUCAUCAGUUCCUAGGUAUGAAUCCUGCACUUGGUAUUGACAUCACAACUAAGAAGAUUGCUAGCGUAGAAGAUGUUUGUGAAUCCAUGAAACAGCAGCUGCUUUUGCUAGUUGAGUGGGCAAAACACAUUCCAGCAUUUUGUGAGCUUCUGCUGGAUGACAGGGUAGCCUUGCUUCGUGCUCAUGGUGGGGAACACCUGAUUCUUGGAGUGGCAAGGCGUUCCUUGCCUUACAAGGACAUACUACUACUGGGAAAUGACUUCAUUAUCCCAGUGAAUGGACCUGAUCCAGAGGUGGCACGUGUUGCAGCCAGGAUCUUAGAUGAGCUUGUCCGACCAUUGAGAGAGUUGGAUAUUACAGAGAGUGAAUUUGCUUGCUUGAAGACCAUUAUAUUUUUUGACCCUGAUUGUCCCGGUGUGGAGCACUGCAGCAAAGUAAAACAACUUCGGCUCCAAGUCCAGAUUCUCCUAGAAGAUAUAGCAAGUGAGCAGCGGGGUCGUUUUGGCGAGCUGCUGCUCCUGUUGCCCACUUUGCAGAGUGUAGCAUGGCAGAUGGUAGAGCAGCUGCAACUUGCACGGCUUGUGGGUAUGGCACAUGUUGACAGCCUUCUGCAGGAAAUGCUACUUGGAGUGAGAGCAGGAAAUAACAGUGACAUCUUGCAAUUUUCCCAGCCAGGAAUUCUUCCACUAGCACAGGAUUCUCUAAGAGAAACGGCCAUCUUCCCUAAUAGCACAGCUGCUGUACCAAACUCCUCUAUUGAGAUGACUCUUCCAUCAACAACAACAAGAAAAGAUGUUUUUGAGCAAAGAUCUUCCAGGACCCUUCCACUAACAACAAAGCAAGAAGCCAUCUGAGAAACUUCAUGCUACUGCAACAUAAUAAACAAACAAAAUAAUAAAACAAUAAAUUCAUGUAUUGGUUUAAUAUUUGUGAUACAGAAUUGCCACAACAAUAAAUGAACAGAUGUUUGAAUUGUAAAUACCGUAUAAAAAUAUUUUUAAUUGAUCUAAAAAUAAUAAUAAAAAUCUUGACAAAAUGUACAUGCCA